AUGCUGCUUUCGCGAGGUUCGCAACCGUCCGAUCUAGACACCUUGCCCGCCGCGAUUGCGCUGGCGCGAUCCGCCGUUGGACGAUCACUGCUGCACGGCGACGGGAGAGAAGCCAACGGAGAAACGAACGACCGAGUCCUCUUUCCGGAUAGACGCGGGUGGGACGCCGGGAAAGAGAGCGGCAGUGAAGGUGCGAACGGAGGUCAAAAGAGGGGCGCGAGAGAACAGGGAAGGGAUAACACGAGAGGGGAUGAUACGCGAGCGGGGCCAGGAGAGGAAGAAGGAGGAGAAGGAGAAGGAGAUGGAGAUGGAGAUGGAGAUGGAGGGAGAGGAGGUGGUGUGGAAGGCGCAGAGGGGUCGGCACCUGCAGCGGCCGAGAGAUUAUCGCUGGAUUCACACCAGUUGAGAGUAUCGGCUGCAAGAAGCACGUCAGGAGAUUCAGGAGCAUCAGCAAAAGCAGGUGCUGCAGGUGCUGCGGGUGCGGGAGGUGCGAGAGGUGCGGUAGGUGUGGGAGGUGCGGUGCGCGGAGCAGGCAAAGGGGCGAGGAGGGAAAAGGUGCGGCGGUUGAGGCAGUGUCUGCUGGCGGUGCAGGCGUAUUUGGGGGCGGCUGUGGAGUUCAGGGACAACGCGAUGGCGGAGCAGAGCAGGCGGGAGAUGAACCGCUGCCUGCUUCUGCUCUCCUCCUCCUCCUCCUCCCCGCUUCCCCUGCCGCUUCCCCUGCCCCUUUCCCUUCCCCUCCUCAACGCCUCCGCCUCUGCGCAUGCAGCUGCGGUGCAUGAUGACGCUCUAUUGGCGCUUGAUGGCGGCAGCAGCAGCAGCAGCAGCCCCAGCCGUGAUAGUGGUGGCAGCGGCAGCAGGAGCGGGGGCACGAGGAGCAGCAGCGGCGGACAGGGCAGUCAUGCGGGCGGCAGCCAUGGCAAGGAGAGCAGCGCAGCAGCAGCAUCUGCGGAGAGAAGCAGUGCGCUAGUGCGGCUGGAGGAGCGGCUGGGCGAGGCUGGAAGGCAGGCGGAUGCAGUGGUGCGGCAGAGCAUGCUGUUCAGCCACGUGGCCUCCACCGCCGUCCCUGCUCCGCUGCACUGCCUCUCCCUCCGCCUCACCCUCGCCGCCCAGAACGCGUCCCUGCGCCGCUCGUGGCUCGCUCCUGCUGCUGCGCCUGCUGCAGCACUGCAGGUGGGGGCAAAGGAGGAGGGAGAUGGGGAGGAAGGAAAGGGGGUGGACGGGGGCAAGGACGAGCGCGUGGGGAGGAGGAAGGCAGGUGCGGUGAACGGAGGAGCAGGGGAAGGAGGAUUAGACGUAGGAGACAGAGGAGAGAAGGAACAGAAAGACGGAGAGAGCGAGAAGGACCGGGAGAGGGAGAGGGAGAGGGAGUGGAGGCGGCGGGUGGAGGAUCCGUCGUUGUACCACUACGUGGUGAUCACAGACAACGUGCUGGCAGCCAUGGUCGUUGUUAACUCCACCGCCUCGCACGCCCGCCAGCCAUGGCGACACGUCUUCCACGUGGUAACGGACCGCAGCAACCACCCGGCGUUCACAGCAUGGUUCAGCGCCAACCCGCCCGCGCGAGGGCGCAUGGCGUGGGAGGUGCUGUGCCUGGACGACUUCCCCUGGCUGCCCUCCAUCCCGCUGCUGCACCACCUGCAGCGCCCUGCCAUGAGGGACUUUUACUUCCGCCACUCGCCUGUGGCAGCCGCUGCUGCUGCCCUUGCGCCUCCUGCUGCUGCUUCUGCCACCACUGCUGCUGGUGUUGCUGAUCGUAAGCCUUCCGGUGCAGCUGCCAGUGCCGCUGCAAGUGCCGCUGCCACUGGCAAUGUCAGUGAUAGUAAUAGCAGCAGCAGCGGCGGUGGCAGCAGGGAGGACUAUGGCACGCUGCGGUUCCGCAACCCCAAGUAUGUGUCGCUGUUCAACCAUCUGCGCUUCUACCUGCCGCGCAUCUUCCCGCGCCUGCACACGCUGCUCUUCCUAGACGACGACGUCGUGCUGCAACAGGACGUCUCGCACCUCUGGCAGGUGCCGCGUGGCGGGGCAGUGAACCUAGCGGUGCCCACAUGUGUCGGCCGCACGUACCACCGCUUCAGCUCCUACCUCGACUUCUCACACCCGCUGCUGCAACCACACAACAGCAGCAGCAGGAGGAGGAUUGAUGGGAACAGCAGUGGCAGCAGCAGCAGCGGAGGUGGGGAGCAGUGGGGUGCAGGUGUGGAUCCGAACGGGUGUGCGUGGGCGUUCGGGUUCAACCUGUUUGACCUCAAGGCGUGGAGGGAUGGCAGAUACACCGACAAGUACCACUUCUGGCUCGCACAGAACGAGAAUCGCACGCUGUGGCAGCUGGGGACGCUCCCAGCAGGCCUGCUCACCUUCCUCCACGCCACGCGCCCGCUCCCGCGCGCUCUCCUCGCAGCCAGCCUCGGCAGCCGCAGCACGGUUCCGCUGAGUCGAGUGCGGUCGGCAGCGGUGCUGCACUACAACGGGCACGCCAAGCCGUGGCUGGACCUGGCGUUUCCAGAGUACGCGCACCUGUGGUGGCGCUAUGUGCCACUGCACCACCCCCUGCUGCGCGCCUGCUACUUCUACCCACCGCCUCAAGCGGCGGCGGCAGCGCCGUUGCUGCCUGUGGCAGCUGCUGGUGCUGGUGGUGCUGCUGGUGCUGGUGCUACUGAUACUAGUAACGGUGGAGGUGAAGGUUGGAGCAUGCAGUAA